CUGCACCCGUGGACCGAAGUCAGGACGCUGUGUGACUGCACCCGUGUGACGAGGUCGGAUGCUGUGAGACUGCACCGGUGUGCCGAAGUCAGGACGGUGUGUGACUGCAGCCGCAGGGUCACUCUCCAGCCCGCAGACUGGCCGGGUCACUCUCCAGCCCGCAGACUGGCCGGGUCACUAUCCAGCCCGCAGACUGGCCGGGUCACUCUCCAGCCCGCAGACUGGCCGGGUCACUCUCCAGCCCGCAGACAGGCCGGGUCACUCUCCAGCCCGCAGACAGGCCGGGUCACUCUCCAGCCCGCAGACAGGCCGGGUCACUCUCCAGCCCGCAGACAGGCCGGGUCACUCUCCAGCCCGCAGACUGGCCGGGUCACUCUCCAGCCCGCAGACUGGCCGGGUCACUCUCCAGCCCGCAGACAGGCCGGGUCACUCUCCAGCCCGCAGACAGGCCGGGUCACUCUCCAGCCCGCAGACAGGCCGGGUCACUCUCCAGCCCGCAGACAGGCCGGGUCACUCUCCAGCCCGCAGACAGGCCGGGUCACUCUCCAGCCCGCAGACAGGCCGGGUCACUCACCAGCCCGCAGACAGGCCGGGUCACUCACCAGCCCGCAGACAGGCCGGGUCACUCACCAGCCCGCAGACAGGCCGGGUCACUCUCCAGCCCGCAGACAGGCUGGCUCCCUCACCGAUCCGCAGACAGGCUGGCUCCCUCACCGAUCCGCAGACAGGCUGGGUCAUUCGCCAACCUUCAGAAAGGCCGGGUGGCUCGCAGGGCCACAGAUAAGCCGGGUCACUCGUCAGAGCUCGAAGAGAGGUCGGCUCGGUCACCAGCUCGAAGACAGGCCGGGUCGCUCACCAGCUCGAACACAGGCCGGGUCGCUCGCCAGCUCGAACACAGGCCGGCUCGCUCGCCAGCUCGAACACAGGCCGGCUCGCUCGCCAGCUCGAACACAGGCCGGCUCGCUCGCCAGCUCGAACACAGGCCGGGUCGCUAGCCAGCUCGAAGACAGGCCGGCUCGCUCACCAGCUCGAAGACAGGCCGGCUCGCUCGCCAGCUCGAAGACAGGCCGGCUCGCUCGCCAGCUCGAAGACAGGGCGGGUGGCUCGCCAGCUCGAAGACAGGCCGGGUGGCUCGCCAGCUCGAACACAGGCCGGGUCGCUCACCAGCUCGAAGAAAGGCCGGGUGGCUCGCCAGCUCGAACACAGGCCGGGUCGCUCACCAGCUCGAACACAGGCCGGGUCGCUCACCAGCUCGAACACAGGCCGGGUCGCUCACCAGCUCGAACACAGGCCGGGCCGCUCACCAGCUCGAACACAGGCCGGGUGGCUCGCAGGCUCACAGAUAAGCCGGGUCACUCGCCAGAGCUCGAAGACAGGCCGGGUCACUCGCCAGAGCUCGAAGAUAGGCCGGCUCGCUCGCCAGCUCGAAGACAGGCCUCGGUUCUCUCGCAAGCCCGCCGAUAG